GCGCCAGUCGCGGUCACCCAGGAAGGCCACCAUGCUGACCCGCUUCCUGGGGCCGCGGUACCGGCAACUGGCCCAGAACUGGGUCCCCACGGCCGGCGUGUGGGCGGCAGCGGGCGCCGUGGGGCUGGUCUGGGCCACCGACUGGCGGCUGGUGCUGGACUGGGUGCCCUACAUCAACAGCAAGUUCAAGAAGGACUGAGCGCGCCCGCCGGGGCGUUGCUC